ACGCGGCGUGUCGCGGCGCGCUAUUCACGCUAACCUAAACACAUUACCGCUCUUUGUCUGAGCUUACGUUUAUUACGUUUUUAAACGUUAUUGCGGUAAUUAUAACGAUGGUAAUCUCAUUAAGGCUUUGGACUGAUUACCCUUAAUGGUUGUGAAGUGAAUUUUGUGAAUGAUGAUAGUUAAAUUGUUGUUAUUCGCUUUUUCGAGAUGUGUUGUAGCAGGCCCGCCCAAUAUCGGUGGUAUUUUUUAUGCCGAUGACAUCGACUCAAAAAUAGCUUUAGAAGUGAGUGCGGAAAAAUUCAAUUUUACCGCUUUAACAAUAGAAGUGUCCAGGCGAGGAGCGAUCCUUGAGAUAAGUGAGAACGUGUGUCAACUGGCUCAGGAAGGUGUAAUAGGUUUCAUAGAUGGCACGGGCGGUAGGGCGACUGAGCACGCGCAAGCUAUAUGCGAUGGCCUGGAAUUACCCCUCAUAGUGCUGCAACAUAACGACCUUUAUACAAGGAAUUGGUCGCUAAUCAAUUUAUAUCCUAGCCCGAUUGCUUUUAAUAUGGCGGUACAGGAGCUAGUCAAAAAGUACAACUGGAACAAUUUCACUAUACUAUACGAGAGAGGCCACAGUAUGGUAAAAGUGCAGGAUCUUUUAAAACUUAGCAAUCCUAUAGAACUGGACGCGGUCUCCGUCAGGGAGCUUAGAGGCGACAAUUACCGGGAAGUUCUAAUAAACGCAAAACACAGUGGAUACACAAACUUUGUAGUUGAUUGUUCUUCCAACAAAUUGGAGCUGGUACUACGUCAAGCUCAGCAAGUUGGUUUAAUGGCUGACGGACACUCGUAUAUCUUUCUCUCACCUGAUCUCUUUUCCUUAGACCUGACUAGAUAUAGAUAUGGGGGUGUAAAUAUGACUGGUUUCCGUCUAAUGGAUUUAGGUGAUGUUAUGCUGUACAACUACACAGUUCAGUUCAAUGAAGCGUCGGGGUACGCGAUAGAGCCGGACAACAUUAAGACGAAGAUUGUGUUAAUUCACGAUGCCGUAAUGGUGUUCGCUAAUGCUCUGUCAAAGGUCCGCUACCUCAGGCGGCGAGAGAUCGAACCGGCGCAGCUCAAUUGUGAGUUCUAUCAAUCGUGGGUAUACGGAUCGACGUUGAUUGAUUUUAUGAAGACGGAUAAGAUUAAUGGCUUGACGAGAUCGUUAAUUUUUGACGGUUUUGGCCAGAGGACCGAUGUGUUUUUUGAUAUUGUGGAGCUAACUCCAGCCGGCAACCAAUCUAUCGGUAGAUGGGAAAACAAUAAAUUAGAAAUUUCGAGACAGUUUGUUUCUAAUGCCGAAAUAGCAGAGGAGACCAUAAUGAGAAAUAAAACGUUUAAAGUUCUUAUUUCUACGACGCCGCCGUAUGGUUACGUAAAGGAGUCGUCUCUGAGACUCGAAGGAAAUGAUCGUUACGAAGGAUUUACUAUAGACCUAAUCGACAUGAUAGCAGAUAAACUCGGGUUUAGUUAUGAAUUUGAAGUCGAGCCUGAUUAUGGAAGUUUGAAUAAAGAUAAAAAAUGGAGCGGUAUGGUUUUAAAACUACGUGAGGAGAAAGCUGACUUUGCCAUUUGCGAUUUUACAAUAACAGCAGAGAGGCAGAGUGGCAUUGAUUUUUCAACUCCAUUCAUGUCCUUGGGUAUUGGUAUAUUGUAUAAGGAACCCAGUAAACAACCGCCAGAGAUGUUUUCAUUUAUGGCUGUAUUCUCUAAAGAGGUAUGGUACUACAUGGUGCUAGUUCAAUCAGCGUUGGGUGUUAUCAUGAUAUUUGUGGGUCGUUUAUCUCACAAGGAAUGGCAGAAUCCGGUACCGUGUAUUGAAUCGCCUGAAGAACUAACAAAUCAGUUCAGUUUCGCGAACUCUGUGUGGCUCAUCAUUGGAUCUGUUAUGCAGCAAGGUUCUGAAAUAGCUCCAAUUGCAUUAGCUCCUCGAAUCAUAACCAGUGCGUGGUGGUUCUUCACUAUGGUGAUAGUGGCAUCAUACGUUGGUACUCUGGUCGCCUUCCUCACGGUGGAAAAGAAUGUCCUCCCCUUUUCAAACGUGGUGGAACUGUAUGAACAUAAAUCUAUUUCUUAUGGCGCUAAGAGUAAGGGCUCUACGAAACAGUUUUUUAAGGAAUCCACUAAUCCAGUGUAUCAGAAAAUGUAUCAAAAAAUGUAUUCGAAGGAAUGGCUGGUUCCAAAUAACGAUGUUGGUGUGGAAUUGGUAGAGAAGACAAAUUACGCGCUUUUCAUGGAAUCUACGUCGAUCGAGUAUACAAUAGAGAGACAUUGCGAUUUGCUACAAGUGGGUGGUCUUUUAGACUCUAAAAGCUAUGGCAUUGGCAUGAAAAAAGGUUCCCCCUAUAGAUUCUUUAUAAAUGAUGCUUUGAUUCAACUCAAAGAAACCGGAGAGAUACAAAAGUUAAAGGAUCUUUGGUGGAAAGAAAAAAGAGGCGGUGGAAAAUGUGGGAAAAAACAAGACCAGGAACAAAAACAGUUGGGUAUGAAGAACAUGCUUGGAGCGUUUGUGGUUCUUGGAGUCGGAUGCUGUAUUGGUCUUCUAAUUUCUACUCUAGACAUGCUAUGGGGAGUUUUUAAGCGCUCCGUUAAAUACAAUACAACAUUCAAAUACGAAUUGAUAGAGGAGUUAAAAUUCGCGCUCAAAUUCAGCGGGGACAUUAAACCAGUAAAGCGCCCGCAGCGAGCGCUUGGAAGCGCUGAAGCGCUGGCUGAACAAGAAGGCAAAGACGAGGUGAAAUCCCUAAAGUCCAUACGCUCUGGAAGAUCCACUGACACGCAUAGGACCCAACAUUCGCGUAACUCGAGGCAUUCUAGUUUAAGCGUCGCUUUUGCUAGAAGGAGGGAAUACACGUGAUUUUUUUUAAUGCAGUGAUUUCGCGCGCUUAUUGUUAUUCCUUUUUUAAAUUUGACAGAUUCCAUGAUAAAGAUUGUUAUUGUUGUAACAAUUUAAAAUGGAUUUUUUAUUAUAUGCCUUCCUUAUUAUAUAAUUUGCA